AUGUCUUGGCGAUCCGCAGAAACGAUGAACAUUCCGCGAGGGAUUGACGUUGUCAACCCUCCUUACACGCAUCCCCAUCUCGUCAUGAUCCCCGACGUCAACGCCCUCCCCCUAGACCUCGUGAGCCAAUUCUCCUUCCUCCUCAUGGGAACCGGCCACCUCUUUAGCGGCAAACCCGCAGCACAGCAAUUGUAUCACCGCUCCUCCUCCUCCUCAUCAUCAUCAUCAUCUUCUUCACCAGACGACGACGAGGACGAAAAGACGCUCUGCGUACGCCCCUACAACGACUGGGCCCCCCCACCCUUCAACACCUGCACGAUCCGCGUAGACUCCUUCAUGAACAGGGCCAUGGCCGCCGUCGCCGGCCUCGGCGACCUCCUCUCCAUCGUCACCUCGACGAGCACCGCGUGCGACCGCGACCUGCAUCACAUGAAAUCCCGCCUCCUCGCCGGCGCGCCGCCCAUGUCGCUCGCGCGGUGGCGCCAGCGGGGCCUGCACGAGGUCGACAAUAUGAAGCGCGCGUGUCAGCACCUCUGCGCCGUCGUCGACGCGUUUGAGUACCUCAACCUGCCGCACAACGAGGCGCGGAUGCGAAAGGGGUGCAACGGCGUCUGGGACGCCUGUCACGACUUUGAGAGGGCGCUGAACGCGUAUCGGAGGGCAAAGGGGCGGGGCGUCGGCGGCGAUGGCGGCGGGGAUCCGGUCUCGGUGACGGCAUUGUGGGAGGAGUACCUUGUGGAUUUCGUCGAGACCGUGUCGGCGAGGGCGCACGCUUGGGUGAUGGCGCGGAUCGGGGAGCUCAAGGAGGCGCUCAUCCUGCGGCUGCGGGCUACGACGGCCGUGGCGCAGGGUCCGGCGUCCGCGGCGCAGAUGGAGAUCCUGGACCGGUUCCACGACCUCACGGAGAUUACGAAUAAGGCGGACACGAAGAUCAUGGUGCCGUUGUGGGGUUAUACCCUCCGCACCCUGACGUCUGCGGCGCCGAGGCUUCGGGACGACUGGAACGGGUAUGACGGGCGGGAGCCGAUGACGCGGUACCCGUACGACAUGCGUCUCCGGUCGCGGAUUUACGGGAUACGGUGCCGGUAUCUCAGCCGGGCGGCGCAGAUGCAGAUUGCGUUUGAGAAUGUGCGGCAGGGGAGGAGUCUGGCGCCGUCGGAUCCGAGGAGCUUGGAGCAGACGUGUCGGUCGCAGAUGAGGGAGUAUGAGCAGGCGAGGCGGGAGUUGCGAGGGGCCGGGGACGCGCCGCCGGCGCUGGGCGAGGCGCCGUGGAUCGUUGGCCUCAAGAGUAUGAUGCGGGUGGCGGUCCAUCGCCCGUUGAGGGUCUGGGGGUUCAUUGGGUAUCGCGUCUCGUAUGAGCAUUCGGACGAGGAGUGGAGGGCGUUUCUGGGAAAGUUCAAGGACGAUGUGACGGCGUGGGGGGAGGGUGUGGAUGGGGCUGCUGAUGUGAAGCCGACGUGCAAGGUGCGGUGGAUCGAUGGACGGGAGCACGGGAUCCCCGAGGGCGACGUUGAGGCGGCAAAGAGGCAUUAUCGAGAGUAUAGCCAGACUCCGGCGUGCGAGGGCUUCAUGACUCUCAGCGGAGGCACAUUCUUGGUCGCUGACAAGGCGUCGAUCGAUUCGUACCUAGACCCGGCGAAAGAUGACGCGGAGCCGGUCAUCCCCCGUGGUGAUCUGGGACCUUUCGUGGUGGUGGCCAAGAUAGACGGCGAGCAGCCGGACAGGGAGAAUAGGGCUCUGCCAUUGGGGGGGAGGGGGCAUCGAGAGAGGACGGGAAUCUCGACGAGGCCGGAUGAGAACUUUGACGGCACCGUGAGAGUGCUUGGGUCAGUCUUGUUCGACGACGUCUGGGCUCUGUUGUCACGGAACUCGUUGAAGCUGUCGGAUCUGGCAAAGAUGGCGCAGGUUCAUCCACGGCAGGUCUACGUCGGACCGAGUGUACCCGUGGAGAGGGAUGGAUGGAGAACGGCGGGCGUUUGGGGGCUGACGGUUUUCAAGUCUUUUGAGAAGUGGAAGCCGUCUUGA